CAAGCUUGAGUCUCUAUGAGUUUCAACACGCAUGUUUGUUUUCCAUCUCAGCUGCGCUACGAGCAGCAGAUCUCAGAGCUGGAGCAGCAGCUGGAACCCAAACUGCAGCUUGACAGUGGAGAGUCAGCAGAGGGGGCGGAGCUUUGGAGGUCUCAGGUUCAAACCCUGCAGGCAGAGCUGGAGCAGGUGAAGCAGAGCCAUCAGAAGGUAGUGAAGUCUCUCCAGGAGCAGAGAGAGUCCCUGCAGCAGCAGCUCAAACACAAGCCCCAGCCCAGUCCGGGGCGGCACCAGCGCCAGGCCAAGGCAGCCUCUGGGCUCCGGAUCGAGCGUCUGAACAAAGACCUGGCCCUGAAGACCCAGAGCGUCCAGGAGCUCAGCCGCACCGUGGACCGGCUGCAGAGGGAGAGGAGCCGCAUGCUGUCUGCCCCCCCCCCAGCAGAGAGCAAACGACCCGCAGCUAAAAGCCUCAGUUCUGCUGCUGGGGGGGAAACCUUUCCAGCUGCUCAGUAUGAGAAGACCUACCAGCCCAUUGUGUUCACAGGAUCGGAAAGUGAUACUCAUGACAUAGUAGACGACAUUGGCUAUAUGCCCUGCCGAUUCGAACCAUAUGCCUCUGAAUCGGGUGAAACGAACUCCGAGUCGGACAGUGGAGAUGACAACCCGCCCAACGAUCGCCAGAUACCUCUCGAUCUACAACGCCUGAACAAUGUGGAAUGGUGCACAUGUGGAUACUGCAGAGCAGACAACCUGGAAACAGUACAGGAGUGUGUAUGCUGCAGAGAGCUGGCAAAGGUCCAGGCACUCAAUGGCAACCAUGGGGGAUCCUGCAUCACACAGCACCCUGGAUUUGAGGCAGUCUGCCUAAAUGAAUAUGUGCUGGACGUGGCCUAUUCAUACUACAAGCAGAACCAUGGCCACCUCAACAAAUCUCCACACGAGUAUGUAUAAUCUGACAACAAAUUAAACUUCUGAUGUGCAAACACUAUACACUGUUCAUACCAUAUUGAUGCAAGUAGGCGACCAUGUACACUGAUGACAAUACCACUACAGAUUUUAGCUUGCCCACUGAAACAUUACUACUUCAAGUGGUAACAGACAUAUUUCACUGUCACUUUUGUGAGCAUUUGCCAUAGUACUUAUUAGAUUUGCCACAUGUUACUGGACUAGGGGAACCAAAGAGAAGUAAAAAAACACAAAAACAACCGGGCAAGAGAAAAAGGAGAGGAAACCGGUUUGUGAAGCCACAAGAUGGACUUUUAAUUAAACAAAGAGAAAGGGCUCACCAGCCAACUUGCAAAAUAAACUAUAAC